UUAAACGGAGCAGUCGUGACGCGCGUACUAAAACACCCGCAACACGCAUCGACAUUCGAGGUUACGUUCUUCAACAACUACCCUCAACUCAUAGCGGCCGCUUCCCGAAAAGCACCUUUACAUUUCCAUCCCUACCAAGAGGAGCAUCUAGAGGUCCUCGAAGUAGAAGGAGAUGAGCGGACACUACUUCCGGACGAUGGCACCAUUUGCGUUCGACCAUGGACGAACCAUCGAGUUUACCCUCCCCAGAAUUGUAAAUUCGAAUCCACUAAGUUCCUGCUGUGGGCCGAUCAGACUGCGGAGACGUUUACGUUAGACCUUAUCUUUUUAACACAUUGGUACAGCAUCCAGGGUAGGGUAGUACUACAAGGAAAGGGAAUCAAUCUACUUUAG